UAUAGCUAAGAUGAUCCUAUCGUUAAAUUUUUACUUUGAAGUAUUAUAUUAACUGCGUUUUUAAAAAUAAAAUUAUCUUCAUUAUCUUGUAUAUAUAUAUAUACAUAUAUACAUAUAUAUAUGUGCACGUAUGGACAGCAAUUAUUAGUAUUGCUUAGCUUUUAAUUGGUACCAGUAGUGAUAUAUUUUGUCAAAGAAAUGAAUGUAUUGUUAAGUAGAUUGAAUCAACAAUUAUUAAGAUUGACAGGAAAAUUUUUUUUAACAAGACAUAAAUUAAUUGGAAAUUAUCAUCAACAUGGAACUUUGACAGAGCAUAUUUCUUUCUCAAAGGAUUUUCUAUUUCAGCAGUUAUUCGAUCCAGUGUCCAGUACAUAUACAUAUUUACUUGCUGAUAUCAAUAAUAAAGAUGCUAUUUUAAUCGAUCCAGUCUUUGAAUGGGCUGAUCGAGAUAAAAAAAUUAUCGAAGAACUCGGUUUGAAUUUGAAAUAUGUUGCGAAUACACAUAUGCACGCAGACCAUAUUACAGGAACGGGCCGAUUAAAAUCGUUAUUACCAGGUUGUCGAUCGAUGAUCUCCCGCAAUAGUGGUGCCGAGGCCGACAUUCUCUUGGAGCCACGAGACCGCAUCAAAUUUGGUAGACAUUAUCUGGUGGUGAUACCCACACCUGGUCAUACUGAAGGAUGCGUGACGUAUGUAUGUGAUGAACAAGGAAUCGCUUUCACGGGUGAUGCCUUAUUAAUACGCGGAUGUGGAAGGACAGACUUUCAGGGUGGCUCGUCAGAAAUAUUGUACAAGUCUGUACAUGAAAAUAUAUUUACUUUACCAUCAUAUUACAGACUAUAUCCUGCACAUGAUUAUAAUGGUAGAACUGUAACUACUGUUGCUGAAGAAAAAAUGUUAAAUCCUAGAUUAUCUAAAUCGUUGGAUGAAUUUGUAAAUAUUAUGAAUAAUCUUAAUCUUCCAUAUCCAAAAAUGAUUGACAAAGCUGUCCCGGCUAACAAGGUUUGUGGAGUCUUUGAAAUUAAUAAGAAGAAAGGAGAACAGUGAGAAAAUAACGAGAAAUUUGUCAAAUUUCAUCAACUCUUUUCUCUUUGAACAUGAGAUAAGAUUGUUUUAUAUAUAUGUAUAUAUAUGUAUAUAUGUGUGUGUAUAUAUAUAUAUAUAUAUAUAUAUAUAUAUACAUACAUAUAUAUAUGUUCCUAUGCAAUGUACAGUUUUCAAGAUACUUGUAAACUUUUUCAAUCGAUAAUAGAUACC